GCGUUUUAUACUCUCCACAGCGACGUUGACGGCGGAAGCGCGGAUUGUGUGUUUCACGAAACCACUCUUCGUUCAAAGAAAGCAACUCUUUUCAACCUUGUCCAAACCUUCAAAAUGACUCAAAUUUUGAAAAAGAGAUCUGUAUCAGUGGGUCUUAGUGCCUACCGGGACCAACAUUUCAAGGGAAGUCGAAAUGAACAGGAAAAGGCUCUCACGUAUUCAACAACUCUUUAUGUUGGCAAUCUGUCAUUCUACACCACAGAGGAACAAAUCUACGAGCUGUUCAACCGAUCGGGGGACGUAAAGAGAAUUAUCAUGGGACUUGACAAAAUGAGGAAGACACCAUGUGGAUUUUGUUUUGUAGAAUAUUAUGAGAGAAUUGAUGCAGAGAAUGCCCUGAGGUAUAUCAAUGGAACUCGUCUAGAUGAUCGGAUUAUUCGAACUGACUGGGACGCUGGCUUCAAGGAAGGGAGGCAGUAUGGGCGUGGCAAGAGUGGGGGACAGGUGAGAGACGAGUACAGGACAGACUAUGACGAGGACCGAGGAGGAUAUGGGAAAAUUGUGACUACUAAGAUCAGGACAAGGGAAACACCAUACUAACAUCAGGUCUCCAGGGGGUACGGGUUUCAUCGGGACACUUUGAAGGAGGUGGAGGUUGUGUUCCACCUUCUCGGCAUCCGAACACGGGAUCGGAUACUGUGACAUUGUGUGAUGGACUGCAACUGUGCUGAAUGUUUUGUCAAUAGUGGAAACCAGUACAGGGCUUGAUUUAAGGAACUUGUUUUUACUUGCACCAGGUGCAUGUUGACAUGAAAAGCUAGUUGCACUAGACAAAACCAGGUUGCACCCUGGACCCAUAAAUUUAUCAAAGUUGAAACAUGCAUAGGCGAGUCGAAAUAAGUACAAUUUUGUGAUCACUGAUGACUGUGUCAUGUGUCAUGAAUUACGACACAUAACACAGCAAUUAGUGAUGCAGUAUGGUAAAUAUAGCUUAGAGGUAUGGAGUGUGUUCAAAACUCCUUAUGUAAAGGUUACUCUGACACAAAUUGGACAUAAAUAUUAGGUUGCAUUUUUCAAUAACAGAAUGCACUAGUGCAUGUUUUAUAUAGACUCAAGCCCUGCAGUAGUUAACAAGUUGAUUUGAAAUAUUUAGUUCCUUUAUAUUUGAAGUUUGAUAAAUAUUUUUUUCUGCUUUAGUUCUCUUCAUUUCCCCAUUAUCAUGUGUACUUUUGUCAGUGAAAUAAAUGAUAGGCAUUGAUAAGAUUUCUGUUCAUUCUGUGAUGAUCACAAGUAGUCUAUCUUUGUCUGUGAAACAUGUUUGAAAUGAUUGAACUUUUAAGCCGGGAGACUGUAGCCAUGGUAACAGAAGUUUUACUGUUUUUGUGGUGUGUUUGAGCGAAUUUUCAUGGAAGAUGGUGAAUGUAAUGUUGACUGAGGUGGAUCUCAUGUAAUAAAAUAUGUCAGUGAU